AUGUUUGUUGAUUUAAUUUCAUUUCAGCUAUUAAAUAUACCUAAAGAAUCAGUGGCAAAAAUGGUUCUGGCAGCGUUCUUUUAUAAUCUUGGCAAAUUCAAUGCCAAACACCCCAUCCUGGUUAUUUGUCUCUCGCUUCUUGCUACAAUCAUAUUUUCUAUUGGUUUUAUAUUUUUGGAUGUCCAAACCAAUCCACAGAAGCUCUGGGUUGACCCUGGCUCUAGAUCAAACCACGAGCAAAAUUAUUUUGAGGACAAGUUCGGCAAGUUCUACCGUGUUGAGCAGGCGAUUUUCAGCCACAGGACAGAUCCUGAGCAUACUGAUGUUUUUCAAAAAGAAUUUCUAGCAGAAUUGUGGGAAGUCCAAUCAAGAAUUGAGAACGCAGAAAUUUUAUAUGAUAAUUCUCUUCAUACUGUGGAUAGCUUUUGCUACAAGCCAGUUCAUGGGAAAGGAUGCUUUAUUUCCUCUCCAAUGGACUACUGGAAAAUGAAUAUUACCCAGCUAGAAAGCGACAAUGAUAUUAAGCUAACUGCGCAGUGUAUCAAUCAAAUUGAAGGCCAACAAAUAUUAUGCAGUGAUAGAAACAAUAUCCCAAUUAUCAGAAACUUAACGUUUGGUGGGAUUUCUUGUGAAGAUGGCACCCAAGGUACUUGCCAAGCUUGCAAAAUCAAAGCAAAAGCAUUGAUCAUUACAUUUUUGCUUAAUAAUAAUGACGAAACCAAAGAUAUGGGCGUUGAGAACUGGGAAAAGCAUGUCUUCGAAAAAUACAUGAAAGACUUUAACGAUGACAAUACAAAGCAGCUUAAAGUCGCAUAUUACUCAGAAAGAUCAGUCCCAGACGAGCUUGACAAAGAAGACUCUCAAAACUUUAUUUAUGUCGUGAUUUCUUAUCUCUGUAUGUUUUUAUACGUCUCAAUGGCCAUUGGGACUUUCCCAUCAAGGCUGCAUACUAGGUUUAUGGUUGGUCUUUCAGGUGUUAUUUGUGUAAUUUGCAGUGUUUGUAUAUCAAUCGGUAUUACUUCUUAUGCUGGAAUUCCACUGUCAAUGAUCAGUAUUGAAGUCGUGCCUUUCUUGAUUUUGGCUAUUGGGGUUGAUAACAUGUUUAUCAUUUCUAUGGGAGAAAGCAAAGAAAGAGAUAUCUUGAAGAAAAAAGGGAUCAAAGAUCAUGCAGAAAUUAUGGGAUGUGCACUAACUCUACCUCUUUUAAAUGUGAAUAAAUAUCGGUAAAAUUUGGAUUUUUGGGACCUUAACCUCCUUUGAUUUGGAACAAAAUUUGUUUUUCAAUAGGAAAAAUUUAUAAGUAAAAAAAAUAAUAAUUUUGAUAAAAUUAGUUCGACCUAAUUUAAUAGAAAGUACAAGAAGAAUGUUAUUUAGCACUAAAUCAUUUGAUUUUAAUUAUUUCUUCGUAAAAAUAUAUAAAAAUUCAAAUUAUUGUGCUCGAUUUUAUAUUUUUUUAAUUCUCUUUAAAUUUAAAAGGGGGUAAGAGAAGUCGCCCCUACAAUUACAGCUGCUGCGUUUUCAGAAUGUGCUGCAUUUAUGGUUGGCGCCACAACCAACGUGCCAGCCCUGACUAACUUUUGUAUCACAGCUGCAAUUGCUGUUCUUGCUGACUACUUUUUACAGAUAACAGCCUUUGUAGCAGUCAUAGAGCUUGACUAUAGAAGAUGGACUGGCAGAAGAAUUGACUGUUUCCCUUGUUUUGACCUCGAAAAAUCAGUCAAAGAGCCACGAAGGCGACUGGUCAAAAAAUUCGUCAAAAAGAUCUACGCCCCAGUGAUAUUCCACCCAAUCACCCAAGUCUGCUUAGCAAUUACCUUUGUUUCUUUAUUUAUUUUAUCAUUCGGCAGCUAUGAUGACAUCAACUUAGGCCUAACCGAACAAGUCACCUGCAUCCACAAGUCUGAUCUUUAUAAAUACUUUGACUCCUAUGACGAUUAUUUACAGACUGGAGCUAUUGCUUAUCUAGUAUUCAAAGACAUUAAUUAUACAAACCCCACAAAUCAGCAGCUUCUCAGCCAAAUGAGUGAUGCACUCAGUCAAAUGAGCAAAACAGUGCAGCCGCCAGUCUACUCUUGGGUAAAAGCCUUAAACAGCUACAUAAAUGAUGUAGAGCCUGAAUGCAACAAUUCUCAGGUCGCCAGUUUUGAUUUUAAUACACAAGUGAGGCUAUUUUUGACAGUCAGUAUUGAUAGCAUUUGUUGUAAGAAAUUUGGGGUCUGUGGAGAACAGUAUGAGACUGAUAUUAUUUUUGACGAUGAUGGAGAAAUUAAGGCGAGUCGGUUUAGGUUCCAGCAUACAGCACUAAAAGACCAAUCUGAUUAUAUUGAUGCACUGAGAGAUACGAGAUAUGCAGUUGAUACUAUUGGAGCCGGAUUAGUACCAAAUAUGAAGACUAACCCUUCAAUGAGCAAUUAUCAAUUGAGAUUGUCACAGGAGUGAAUUGAUACUACAGAUUCGUAUACUUCGGAUGAGAGGCUGGCAUUUAGCUAUUCGCUGUUUUAUGUGUUUUAUGAUCAGUAUAGGACUAUUAGAGGAGUAGCGGUACAAAAUCUCUUUUUAGCGUUUGCGGCGAUUAUUUUGGCUAUUGAGCUUUUGACUAAUAUUUAUGCAGCGCUCUUAGUAACAUUGAUGGUAGCAGGGACUUCUUGGGGCUUGAUUGGAUUUUUAUACAUUUGGAACGAGCUAGCUGGAGGCUAUAAAACAGAAAUUAACGCAGUCAGUGUCGUUAACCUUGUCAUGUGCUGUGGUCUUGCAGUAGAAUUUUCAAUCCAUAUUAUGACUUCCUUCUUGAAAUUCACUGGGACAAGGAAAGAAAGAGCCAGAAAAGCCUUAGUGGAUAUGGGAAGUGUCGUUAUGACAGGAAUUGCUUCAACCAAGCUGAUUGGAGUCAUUGUACUUGGGCUAGCACCUAGUCUUGUGUUUAACUUGUACUAUUUUAGAAUGUAUUUUGGAAUGUUUUGCCUUGGUUUCUUCCAUGGGCUAGCUUUUCAACCAGUUCUACUUAUGUAUAUUGGUCCUCCUUCUACAAGUACAGAGGAGCCAAAGAAGAUUAAUGGGUAUGACUCAAAGAUCGAUGGGACCUCGUUGAAAGAGCUAAGUUAUGCUAAAUAAGACAGGUGGGUAAUGGAUGAUUAAUAAAAGGUUUAGUUUUGGCUAGGAAAUUAAGGAAGCCAAUAGGAUUUUUGAGUGUUUUUUCUGUUAGGAAGAAUAA